ACAGACAGCUCAAGGUUCUGCAAGAGGACCCAUCUCCCAGGCCGAUCGUCUGGAUCAAAUUAUCAGACACUGCUACGGGUGUGCAGCAAGGCGUUAGGGUUGAGUAUAUUUGGUAAUGGCACGGCUAUUACGACAGCAUGGCACAUACCUGUACUAGUAUAUAGCAUGGAUAAAUGCUAUUAAUGACCCAGAGAGAAACAUGCUCUCCUACUUGCUCUGUGAUGAGUGGCUGUCAGAGUCUCCAGCACUGCCACUGGGCCCACAGGCUAGUGAAAGCUUGUGCACCACCAUACAGCGAGACCCUGCAUUCAUGGAAACAGAUUAGCUCUGUGGAUCGUUGUACUAAUUGUAUAGACAUCUUGGUCGAUCACCGACUUGUAUACGCGUCUCAUGUGCAGGUUUCGAAAUGUCACACUUUGGCCCAGAGGCAUUCGGGGUUCAAGGCACAGGAGAAAUGGAUUGAGGAUAUAGAGUCGUCUCCCGGAGACGUCGGUGAGGAGUAAGCAAACUGGGUCUUGCGAGCAACUGAAUCGGCCCCAAAAUGUGAAACCCCGCUCAAUUACUCGUUGCAAUCAGAUCUCGGCCGUGGCACCGUCCUGGUAUGCGUAAUCAUCCAAACAUGCGUUUCCGCCGGUUAUUUCU